UUAUCCUUUCUGCAAAUCAAUAAAUCAUAAAACGCCCUUUUGAUUUGUGGCUGCUGCGAGUCGUGUAACGUGCAAUUGUUGCUCCGCGAAUUCGGCAGGAACCAAGUCUCUUUUUGUACCCAAAGUAUUAAAUGGUUAAACAUCUUGGUCCAUUAACUUCGUGGAAAUGCCGAAAAAACGGCUCAAAAACCGAGCUGGUAAGACCAGCAAGAAUGCAAGUCAAUCUUCACGCAAAUCCGGAGAUCCUCCUACAUGCCCACAGUCCCCACAAACCCCAACAUCCCCAUCAGCCUGGAGCCCUCGCACUUCCCAAUCUCGCAAAUCAACCACAAGUAAAGCACAAACAGUCUCCUCUUCCCCAACAUCCCCGUCGAUACCGUCAUCUCAAACAACCUUGACAUCUACAUUACCCCACGGCACUCCCACUUCACAAGAAGGCAGGAGAUCUUCGAAACAAUCUAGAUUGCAAGAACAAUCGGAGGAUGUACCAAAACAACUACAAAGAAUGAGUAUAGACAAACCAACAUCACGAUCAAAUAUUUCAAGUAAACCGGGCCCCUCAUCAUCUGGGCGUGGACACGGGGCGCGCCCUAACACCGAACAAAGGCCCGCACUACGAACAAAACCCAGUACUAUAUCAUCAAAAAAAGGCUCCACUGGCAACGCAGUUAAUUUGAUAGCAAAUUACUUUGCCGUUGAAACUACACCCCAUUUUCGAAUGUACCAGUACCACGUCGACUUCUCCCCGGAUGAGGAGAACACUUUUGUCCGUAAGAGUCUCAUGCGCAUCCACCAGAAAGUUUUAGGCUGGCACGUCUUUGAUGGAUCAGUGAUAUAUAGCAUGAAACGAUUGCACCCCGAUCCUACCGAGUUUUACUCGGACCGGAAAUCUGACAAACAAAAAAUGGUUAUUACAGUGAAGCUGAUAGGUGAUGUCGCCCCCGGUGACUAUCACUAUAUUCAAAUUUUUAACAUUAUCUUGCGAAAGUGUUUCCUCGCAAUGGACCUGCAAUUAAUGGGCCGCGACUAUUUUGACCCAACAGCAAAGAUCGAUAUUCCUGAAUUUCGGCUUCAAAUUUGGCCUGGAUAUAAAACGACAAUUAACCAAUAUGAAGACAAGUUAUUGAUGGUCGCUGUUAUAAUACACAAAGUACUUCGGUUGGACACCGUUCUCCAGAUGCUAAAAACAUAUACAAACACUAAAGGAGGCAACUAUAAAAAAUGUUUUCUCGAAGACAUAGUCGGAAAAAUUGUGAUGACCAACUACAACCGGAGGACAUACCGGGUUGAUGAUGUGUCAUGGCUGACUACACCUAAAUCCACGUUCAACUUGAGAAAUGUGAAAAUUUCUUACAUAGAAUACUAUAAGAAAAAAUAUAAUAUUAACAUCCGCGACGUCGACCAGCCUUUACUAAUAUCCAGAUCAAAGCCACGUGACAUCCGCGCUGGGAUGCCUGAACUGAUCUAUCUAGUCCCCGAACUGUGCCGCCAAACCGGAUUGACGGAGGAGAUGAGAAACAACUUCAAACUCACGAAAGCUCUUGAUGCACAUACUAAAAUUGGCCCCGACAUCCGUGUUAACAAAUUACUACAAUUUAACAGAAACUUAACGCAAAAUCCAGAAGUUAUAAAGGAACUAAAUACCUGCCACCUUACCUUUUCUAAACAACUGAUGAGGAUUAAAGGACGCCAAUUGCCAACUGAAAAUAUAGUUCAAGGUAAUGAAUGCCGUUAUCCAGCAGGUGAUACGCCAGAAGGAUGGACGCGGGAAGUACGAUCAAAGCCCCUGCUGCGUAUAAGUCAACUUCCAUCUUGGGUAGUGAUAACUCCAGAUAGGGCACGGAGAGAUACUGAAGCGUUUCUAGACAUGGUUAUAAAGGCAGCUAGAGAUGUAAGAUUCAUGCUACCCAAACCGGAAAUUGUGACUAUGCAAUACGACGGCCCUAUAGAUUACGCUCGAAUGCUGGAUGCCGUUAUAGCCCGUAGGAAUCCUGCGAUGAUUUUAUGUGUGGUCACGCGCAAGUUAUCAGAUCGGUACGAAGCUAUUAAAAAGAAGUGUCUAGUUGACCGUGCCAUCCCUACUCAAGUUGUAACUUUGCGGAACAUGACGUCCAACUCCGCUAUGUCAGUUGCCACUAAGGUGGCUCUCCAAAUGAACUGCAAGCUCGGUGGCGCGCCGUGGAGAGUAGAGAUCCCCCUACAAAACAUUCUAGUAGUGGGCUAUGACGUAUGCCACGACACUCGGAGCAAACAAAAGAGUUUUGGUGGAUUCGUCGCUUCAUUGGAUAGACAUAUGACGCGCUACUACUCCGCCGUCAACUCGCACACGUCUGGCGAAGAAUUAAGCAAUCACAUGGGCUUCAAUACAGCCUCAGCCCUGAAGAAAUAUAGAGAAGUGAACGGUGUGUUGCCGCAUAGAAUUUUUAUUUAUCGCGACGGCGUCGGUGAUGGGCAAAUUCCUUAUGUACACACACACGAGGUGGCCGAAAUAAACAAGGCACUUCGUCAAUUGUAUGGCCCCGAUGAAUUUAAAAUGGCAUUCACAAUAGUUUCAAAACGGAUAAAUACACGUUUUUUCCUGGAACAGGGUAGCAGAUGUGUAAACCCGCGACCCGGAACUGUUGUUGACGACGUCGUAACUCUUCCCGAGCGGUAUGACUUCUUUUUAAUUUCGCAAAAUGUGCGAGAUGGAACAAUUACUCCUACAUCGUAUAACGUAAUUUCGGAUUCAACUGGACUGCAUCCUGACAGGAUGCAAUGGUUGACGUACAAGUUGACCCACAUGUACUUCAACUGCUCCGCACAAGUCCGCGUCCCAGCCGUGUGCCAGUACGCGCAUAAGUUGGCGUUCUUGGCAGCAAAUAGUCUGCACAGCCAGCCUCAUAAUAGUUUAACAGACACCUUGUAUUUCUUGUAAAUCAUUACUUCGUUGGUCAAAGUAACCACCAGGGUAAUGUUUAAUGAAAUUACAUUCAAAAUCAAUUGAAAAACUAAUGUUAUUUCUUGACAUAUUGUCAGUAUUUUUGAAGGUUCUUUUGGAAUACUAUACCUAAUGUAGUUUCUAUCAUAGAGCUUGGGUAUAAAGUGAUAAAAAAUUAUGAAUUAGGUAGGUAAGUAUCUAUUUACAUUUACUGAAAGCAUCUUGUUUUCUUUUAUAAAAUGUGAUUUUCCUAACUUUUUGGAGGUUGUUGACUAAAAAAAAAUAUGUAUGUUAUCAUUUUCAUGUAGGUAAGGUCAUAGAUUAAGGUUAAGGAGACUUGUGACAAAUAAUAUAAGUAUGGCGUGUUUAUAUUAUGCAUGUUGUUUAAAUUAGACGGUAAGAAAAUACGAAACUAUGUAUUUUCAUGGAUAUUUUACCUUUUCGUUCUAUUAACACGAUUGCAGCUUAUUUAUUGUUGGUAUCGAUUUGUAGCAGCGCGCUAGGAGCACGGCCCUUGCUCUUGAAUCUUUAUUGUGAGGACUCAGGGACCACAUUCCAGUCGUAUAUCUAUUUUAUCUUUAAUACUUUGUGGUCCAUUUAUUUAUAUAUUAAAUAUCGUGACUAAGUAUCUAUAUCUAUUCACCAAACCUUAUUUGUUAAGAUAGUUUCCGAGAUGUACAUAUAUAGAUGAUCGGGUGUGACACAAGUUAGGCUAUUCUGUACCCUUAGUAUGAGUUUGAUUUACGUUAGUAAUCGAAACGAGAGCGCUUUCGGCGCUCUGAUUGGCCGGCCCGAAUAAACCGACCAAUCAACUCAUAGUAAGGGUACAGGUUUCCGAAUCUGAAUUCCUGAUCUGGAAAUCUCAUUCGGAUACUGAACGUGUGUGGAGUCCCCAGCUAACGGUUGUGUUCUACCUAUACGUAAGGCUUGGUAGGUUAUUGGACUAAUCAUGUGUAAUAUCGAAAGAAACUGGUGCAUGGUGAGAUGUAAUGUAUUUAUGUAUAUCACUAAUAUUAAAUUGAUUGAAUUUUUCUGCUUAUUACGUUGUACUAUUAACGUUUUUAACGUAAUUCUUAUCGACUAUUCGUAUAUAUUGCAAAAAACUGUAUUUUAUUAAGAUUAUUUUUAAGACAUUGCCAAAGGCGUUUUUUUACUGUGUAUGUAUUAGUUAAACCCAGUAUAUUAACUUUUUUAUGAUUUACUUAUACAAAUUUAACUGACUAAUCUUCUAGUUUCCUGUUCAGUAUAUCAAAAAUGUAUGUACUUACAAAGUUUUACCUUCGACACCGUUUGUCGGUAUUUUCCGAAAUAUACAUUUUCUCUUGACGACGUAGGUAUUAUAUGUACUUACUAUUUACUGUAAUAUUAUCUGUAUUUAGAUACUGUGCAUAUAUGCAUUUCCAAAAUUUUAAGAAAUACAUUUCAGAUUCAGAAACUGUGUGUGAUUAGUAUUAGUGAAUACUUCUGUAGGUAUCUGUAGUAAUUACUUAUCAUGACUAUAAUGCCUUGUUGGCACUACGCUAGCAUUUUAGUCGAGUAGUGAGUAUUUAGUAGCUGUCUCUCGCUUCUGUCCCAAAAUCGAAGCUAGUUUAGGGAACAGAGAGUAAAGUUCCCUAAGAAAAGGAGGAUCCUCCGACCAGGCGAGGUGAUCAGCCUGGCGGGCUUUCUGCCCAACUGUUGUUCGUUGGGAUUUUCUAUCCGUGUUAUUUCGCAUGUAAACAUCAUAUGUGCGAUGCAGGAUAUUUGUGACGUCAUCCGUUGAUUCGCUCAUCGAUAGUCUAUGUGCGACUUCUGUCAUCUGUCACUUGUUACUUGUAAAUGUGUCGCCACAUCACUCCCCCCCAAGACCGGAGGUCGAUCCUGUUGAGACGGCUGUCGAUGCUUGAAAUGAGCGGUGCCAGAGCCAGUGUAGAAUGACCCUAGUUCCAGUGAGUCGGAACUGUGCCGCUGAAUGCCCAGUGAGUCGGGUGAGCGGUGCAGGGCGAUACUCCAGUGAGUCGGAGUAGUAAAGCUCGCAGUGUCCCACGGUGAGUCGGGGAAUAGAUGCUGCGAGGGUAGGUGCGUAGUGGCUGGCGUCUGCGUUGACGGGAGGAAGACGUCCUCAGACCGUGUGCAGAGAGUGCUGUGCCUAGACGCUGAUGAGGCCGUAGGGAAGAACCAGGCUGCAUAUCUUCGAUGCAGCGUGUGGUGGUCCCUGAUGAGGCCGAGGAUGCUGGUUGGCUACGACUUGAUUACCGCUCAGCGGAGAAGUGAUGGGUGAGGGAGGUGGCGAUGAGGAUGACGGUGCUGAUCUGCUCCGUGAAGGUUGGUUUCAAUCACGUCGGGGGUCACCACUAAAGUUCCCUAAGAAAAGGAGGAUCCUCCGACCAGGCGAGGUGAUCAGCCUGGCGGGCUUUCUGCCCAACUGUUGUUCGUUGGGAUUUUCUAUCCGUGUUAAUUCGCAUGUAACCUUCGUAUGCGCGAUGCAGGAUAUUUAUGACGUCAUCCGUUGAUUUGCUCGUCGAUAGUCUAUGUGCGACUACUGUCAUCUGUCACUUGUCAGAUGUGUCGCCACACUAGUAGCGAGUAUACUCGACUAAGAUGCUAACGGAAUGCGAACAAGGCAUAAUACAUGAUUAUAAUUAGUGUGUUAGUUAAGCUCAAAUGUUCACAAUGUACUGGUAGUUGUAGUAGUUUUGUGUGUGUGUAAUGAUUAAACAUAAUACAUUUCUUGACUCA